AUGGCAUUGAUUACACGCUUUGAUGAUCUACUCGGUCUAGUAUUGAUCGAUUUGUUCUCAUAUCUAUCGUCUAUCGAUAUUCUUUGGGUAUUUACUGAUCUUAAUCAUCGUCUAACAAUGUUAAUAAUUGAACAUGAACUCUUUUAUCAUAUUAACUUAUCACUUGCACAUUAUCAUCAAUUUAAUAGAAUUCUUCGUUUUCUUUCAUUGAAUGAUAUUCAAUCACCUUCAAUUGAGAGUGAUGGAUCUCCGUUUCAAUUAACUCGUUGGCCUUAUUUAUCUCAUUUGAAAACUCUGCGUAUCAUUGGUGUAUACAAUCAUGACGAUCUUUUGCUCUUUCUUUUGCUUCAUGCAACCACACUCACUCAUUCAUCUCGUUAUCAAAUCAAAUGA